AUGGACAGUGCGCGUCUCUCCUUUGUAUUCUUAAAGAUCCCUCGGCCGGCGCUUGACCAGAAAGAAAGGAAGCAGUCUGGCCUCGGCGACCGCAGUGGACCCGGGCUGCGUUGCAGGAGCCCAAAGACCCGCUGGGACGCGAGCAAGGCGGGCCGAAGCGACCCCGACGUCCCCGUCGCACGAGCUCAGGGUGGGCACGCCUCACCUCCGGGUCGGGGAGCGGGAGCUCCUUCCCAGUCGGCGUAAGGCCCUGGCUGCGUCCCCUGCUCUGCCAGCUGCGUCCCGGAGCGCCGGCGCCGCCCCGCGCGGAGGGGCACGGCCUUCGCCGACGCCGAGCCGUCCCGGAGCGCCACUCCCGGGGCUCCCGCGGUACCUGCGGCCCAGGCCCGACGGCGGACCCGCGCCCGGGUCGCGCUCCUCAACCUCCGCCUCCCUCCGCCGGCUCCCGCGCCACCUCAGGAACGCCGGCCUGACGGGGAAACUGGGGCGUGCGAUCGCAGGCUUCGCGGGCCCAGAAUGUACCUGGGGGAAGGCCGCGGCCGCGGCGCCCCCGACCGCAAGCUCUCCUGCCGCUGGGGACCCCCGGAUCGCCAGCGGGACAGCCCAGUGGUCGAGUCCCAAGACCACCGCCGGACUGCGGAGCCCGCGCUGCCCCCGCGCGUGCGCGCUCCUGGGGCCACGCUCCCUCCAUCGGCGGGAAGAGGAGGCGGGGGACCGUUAGUGCGCAGGCGCGUGCUUGGAGCGCGAGUAGGAGCUGGACUCGGCGCGCAGCUCAGCGCGCAGGCGCGGGCUGCCCGCCUCGCUUGGAGUCGGCUUGUUAAUUGCGCACGCGCAGGAGUCUCCGGCAGAAAACAGGCGAGCCCGGGCCGGCGCGGGGCCUUGUGGGAGGGCUUAAGGAAGUAAAAUGGCGGACCUGGCGAACGAAGAAAAGCCUGCCAUUGCUCCGCCCGUCUUUGUGUUUCAGAAGGAUAAAGGACAAAAGUCCUCUGCAGAGCAAAAAGACUUGUCGGAUUCAGGAGAGGAGCCUCAGGGGGAGGCUGAGGCCCCCCACCAUGGCAUGGGUCACCCCGAAUCAGCUGGUGAGCAUGCCCUAGAACCUCCUGCCCCUGCUAGCACUUCAGCCAGCACUCCUCCGCUUCCCGCUCCUGAAGCCCAGCUUCCUUUUCCACGAGAACUGGCAGGGAGGUCAGCUGGAGGCUCCAGUCCCGAAGCAGGAGAGGAUUCUGACCGAGAAGAUGGAAACUACUGCCCUCCUGUCAAGCGAGAAAGAACGUCCUCUUUAACCCAGUUCCCACCUUCACAGUCAGUGUCAAAACACAAUGUUUUUAUGCCAUCAACCUUCUGCGAGUCUUCUGCAGGCAAUUCUGACUCAGACCCAGAGGAAAAGAGCAGCGGGUUCCGGCUGAAGCCGCCGACACUGAUCCAUGGCCAGGCGCCCAGUGCAGGUUUGCCAAGCCAGAAGCCCAAGGAACAGCAGCGCAGCGUGCUCCGCCCGGCCGUGCUGCAGGCCCCGCAGCCGAAAGCACUGUCGCAGACCAUCCCGAGCAGUGGCACCAAUGGAGUCAGCGUCCCAGUGGACUGCACAGGGGCAGCGACGUCAUUAUCACCAGAAAACCCUGCACAGAGAAAUCCCUCUGAAUCUGCUGAUGAGGCACAUGCACUUGAGGAGAAAGAGCCCCAGAAAAAUGAGUCUAGCAAUACUUCUGAGGAGGAAAACUGUGAGAAGAAAGACCAAGUUGCACAGCAGGCCUUUAUAUUUGGGCAGAACCUGAGGGACAGAGUGAAGCUGAUGAAUGAGAACACUGACGUGGCUGGCAUAGAGAAUGCCGGACAUCCUGGCUCGGACACGCCAACUGCGACCAACUACUUUCUCCAGUAUAUCAGUUCCAGUUUAGAGAAUUCAACCAACAGUGCCGACUCCUCCAGCAACAAAUUCGUCUUUGGCCAGAACAUGAGCGAGCGUGUUUUGAGCCCCCCCAAGUUAAACGAGGUCAGCUCAGAUGCCGGCAGGGAAAACGCAGCUGCUGAGUCUGGAUCUGAGUCGUCCUCCCAGGAGGCCACCCCUGAGAAAGCUGAUAACAUUGCAGAGUCCCUGGCCGAGUCAGCAGCCGCCUACACCAAGGCCACCGCGCGCAAGUGUCUGUUGGAGAAAGUGGAAGUGAUCACUGGGGAGGAGGCAGAAAGUAACGUGCUACAGAUCCAGUGUAAGCUGUUUGUCUUCGACAAGACCUCACAGUCGUGGGUGGAGCGCGGCCGGGGACUGCUCAGGCUCAACGACAUGGCAUCGGCCGACGACGGGACGUUGCAGUCCCGACUUGUGAUGCGAACCCAGGGCAGCCUGCGGCUGAUCCUCAACACCAAGCUGUGGGCCCAGAUGCAGAUGGACAAGGCCAGCGAGAAAAGCAUCCGCAUCACGGCCAUGGACACCGAGGACCAGGGUGUGAAGGUCUUCCUAAUCUCGGCCAGCUCCAAGGACACCGGCCAGCUGUACGCAGCCCUGCACCACCGCAUCCUGGCCCUUCGCAGCCGGGUAGAGCAGGAACAGGAAGCCAAGACACCGGCCCCUGAGCCUGGGGCCGCCCCAUCCCACGAGGAGGACGACAGCGAUGAUGAUGUGCUGGCUCCCUCAGGGGCUGCUGGGGCCGGCGCAGGUGAGGAAGGGGACGGGCAGACGCCGGGGAGCACAUAGCAGCCGGCGCACAGGAGGCUGCUGCUUUGUCGUCUGUCUGCCGCCCGCCCCCUCCCCGCAGGCAGCGGCACCGCGGGCGGAACCACACCCUCUGGGUCGACCACAGUCUGGAUCCGCGUCUGAUGGAAAGCAGACUCGGGAGCUGCCUGGAUGUGGUUUGGGACAUGAGACCUCAUCAUAUUGAUGAGCGAAAAAGAACGUUCCUCCCCGCCCCUCCUCUGAAAUGGCACAUUAAGACUUGUCACGGCUUCUCACUGGGACUGGGAGACCUUCUUUCUUCACCCUGCGUGUCGCAGCCUCUGGGUGCAGCCAGGGCCUCUGGUCCCCCUGCCACCGCACCCUCCCUCCUGCAUGGGUGGCACCUGCCCGGGAGCAGCAGCCAGGCCUGGGUUCGGCCGCAGGAGUCUGCACUGGGCCCAAGUGCUCCGUGUGGCUCUUUGUCUCCCAUGUUCUGAUUCAAUGGGUUUAUAUUUUACAGAUCUUAUUUUUUUUUUUAAUUUCCAAAGGCUUUGUUUUCAGUUUCUGGGACUGAGAUGCUCUCUUGCGCUGAGCAGGCACAGCUCCUCGAGGGCUCGUUCUUGUGGCCCUGGCCUCUGAGCCAGGACCAGUCGGCCCCACUUGUGCCCACCCUGGGUUCCAGCAAGCUGAGUCACGGGCAGUGAGGGUGUCAGCUUCCAUCUGGCCUGGGUCUGCAGAUGCCGAUCUAGAACAAGGUCACGGAGCCUGGGAGGGGCCCCAGGGAUCCCCAGUACCCUUCCCUGUCCCCAUCGUGGAAUCCACCUGUCCUCAGGCACCCAGGCGCCAGCCUCUUCCUGUUGUUGGCCAUUCCUCACACAGCCCGGACAUCACACCCUCAAGACGGGCUGGGACCUCUGUGAGAGGCAGCGGGGGCCCUAGCCACAGGGACCAGGUCCCAGACAACAGGCUGUCCCCAUGCACGCAGCACACAGGAGUGGGUACUGGGCACCGCCCCCUGGGGCAGCCCAGAGAGGAGGGGGCCUUGUGCACACAGCCUCCCCAGGACUUCAGAGGAAAUCUCCCCGCCCCACCUCGGGGUGAAGAGGAGGCCUCAGUUUGCAGCUGUGCCACCCAUACCUCCAGGGGCAGCCAGAAGCCCCAGGGCGAGGGUGGCUCCAUGGGCCUGCACUGCCAGCCCCCCUGCGAGCCUGAGCCAGGGGAGACACCAGAGGCCUGCGCAGGAGGUCUGGUCACACUUCUCUGCUUUACGCCUUAGCCAGCUAGUGACAAGGAAAACCAGACAAUGCCCAUGUGUUUUGGAACAUUUAUGUAAGAUUGUCAUAUGAAAUGUAUUUGGGAACUACAUUAAAACUUUUAACUAAACCCCCGGCCUCCUGCAUGCCCCAGGGGCCUCAGGAAGCCAGACAGCCCUGCCCUGCCUCUCAGGUGUCCAAACUGCCUCUCGGGACUGGCCACCGCCACGCAGAGCCUCCACUCGGACUUGCUGUUUGCCUUCCCACCCAGGGGUCACCUGGCUUUCUGCAGGCCGCGGCGGGCAGGGGGCAUCUGCAGUGACAGGGCUUCGUUCAGCAAUGUGGCCCAGAAGGACACACUCCCUGGGGUCUGAGCCAGCGCACAUCUGCCUGGUAGCCCGGCAGGAGGCCUGGUCCUGCCAGCUCUUCAGCCUCAGAUCUCCCGUGUCCCUGUUGGGGCUGUCGGGCGAGGGGCCCUGGCUCAGGCAGCUGGGAGGGGACCCUCGGCCAGGUGCGCUGCUCACAACUGCCAAGCGUGGGUCAUCAUGGCCACAAAUUCUUCAUCUGUGUCCAUGGAGGUGCUGAGGCCACUGUA